AUGCCUGGGCCUUCCCGGGUGCCGGCCGUGACAGCUGCGCUGCGAGCAUUCAAAGACGCAAGAUAUGCUCGGACGCAAUGGCUGGUGCGAAGCUCCGGGGAAACGGGCGAGGUCUACGAGUGGAUGUACCCUGCCAGCCGAAGUGAUCCGGCUAGACUGCGGGCCGAACUUGCGGAGCGUCAGAAGAAGAUAUGGGAUUUUGAUGUCGACAGGAUGGUUGAGGAGGCUGCACCCGGCAUCGACUCGAACCCGAAAACGGAGAGACAUACCGCGACCCAGGUCGGCGCCCAGUAA